AUGGCAACACCUAGUAAAAACAGUGUUCUGGCUCCCACUACUGCAAUCAGGUCUUCACCGCCCUCAGGAACAACAAUACUCUCUACACCUCUGACUCCACUAUCUGCAACAACUGCUUCCAAUCAAACUACAACUUCUCCUGUGCCAGCAGCUCCUGGAACAACCAUAAGUCAGUCUCAAGCCACUUCAAUCUGGUUAUCCUCUACAGGAAUAAAUAUUUCCGCUCCAGCUUCUACGACACAUCCCGUGUCAGUAACACCUGAAAGAAGCAGUAGUCUGUCUUCAACCACUCCAAUCAAGUCUACAUCAUCCUCUUCAGCAACUACAACUCACUCUCAAACGCACAUGUCUACUUCUCCAAUGUCUGUAACAAUGGGAACAACUUAUGCAGGGAGGGGAACAUUUGGAAUAACCACUAGUCUGGCUUCAACCAAUGCGAAAAGAUUUACAAAUUCUGCUUCAGGAACAACAGUUCCCUCCCAAGCUCUGACAAUUUCCCAAGGGACUACAACACUUGGGACAACUUCUCUAGGGAUAGUAACCCCUGAAAAAACGUCAAUGGCUGCAACAGUUGGAACAAGUGGUCGAAGUCAAACUGCUGCAGUGCUGUCUACACCACCUUUGGAAACAGCUGCCAACCAAGCUCUGAUGACUACUCUAGUGUCAGCACCAGGUGUAACUUCUCCCGUGACAGCAAGCAUUGUAAUGAGUAGUCAGGCUCCAACCACUGAUAUCAGGUCUACAACAAGUCUUGUAGGAGCAACUUCAUCCCAAACUCUGACUGCUUCUCCAGUGUCUGAAACACCUGGAAGAAGUCCUCCAUUGUCGGUAACACUUAAAACAACCAGUCGUCUGACACCCACUACUACUGUCAGAUCUACAAUAUCCCCUUCAGGAACUCCAGUUUCCUCUCCAGCUCACAUGACUUCUCACAUGUCAGCAACCUCAGGAACAACUCCCACAACAGCAACACUUGAAGCAACCAUUAGUCUGACCCGGUUGAGUGAAAUCCUGUCUACCGGUUAUCUGGGAAAUGAUUCCUUCUCCAGCUCAGUCUACUUCUCUACUGACAGCAACACCUAA